AUGAGUUCCACUCUCAAAGCAAUCCGUAACCUCUGGCAAAGCUCAUCACAGGAUCAACAGCAGCAGCAAAGAACGAGAACAGCCCGACACGCCGGGACCAAACCCAAGGGACGUCCAUCGCCACCUUCACAGGAAGGACAGAAGCUCGCCCGAGCCCGAGCGGUAGUCCGCGACGCUCCCCACGGCAGCAGCUGCCGCACCGCCACCCACCGCAAAAAGACCCGCACUCCUCACGGUUUCUCCGAGACGCGCGUCUGGAUGCUGAGCCGCAGCCUGUCGACGCGGAGGCGCGCCGAGGCCGAGCUGCAGAUGCGCAGGGACGAGGCCGAGUCGCGCCUGCUGGCCGACAAGAGGAGCUGGGCAUCGCCCGUUACGCUCAUCAACCUUGUCCUGACGAGCCGUUCCCGUCAUGGGGCUGCCGUCUCUUGUGGUGGAAACCUAAACGGCGGCACAGGUCGUCAUGACCACCCCCCUGCCGGACGCAUCCCCAGGAUCCCCUCCUUCCAGUGGGCCAGGGACGGCAGCUUCGGUUCAGCGGUGGCAGACGGGAUCAGGCUGUGCGGCACGUCGCUCCCCGCACCGGAAGACGACGACGACGAGGUGGAGAGGUACUUCCUGUCCCGAGGGAGAACCACCCGGGGACGCAAACCCCCGCAACAACUAUUCAAACCUCUCCCGCCUCUCCCCUCGAGCCCAACGACACCACCAUCCAUCGCCGUCGCCACCCCGCCCCCCGCCCACCUCGACGCCAUCGUCCCCUCGACCGCCGCCCGGCACUUGGCAGCCUACCUCUCGCUCCCGGCGUCGCUCGCGCCCGAGGACGUCGUGGACCACGUGCUGGCGCGCCCGAACCUCCGCGCGGCCGUCUCGCGGCUCCGCGCCGCCGACGCGGACCUGUUCAACAGCAUGCCGUGGGCCGAGAUCGUCGCCAGCAGCGGCGGCCGCGGCGCGUGGGGGGACGACGACCAUGACAGCUGCAGCGAUGGCACGCAUGGCCAGGCCCCGACCCCCUGCUGCUCCGCGACGCAGCAGGCCUGGGCGAGGUUGCACGCGCGCAACGCGGCCAACAAGCACCGGAGGCAGCAGGAAGUUGCCGUUGUCAUGGCCGGCAGCAGCAUAGAUCAGGAUCUUUUCCCGCUGGAGAGCCGGCGCGAUCAGAAGAGGCGGGUCGCGGCGCACAGCAAGGCGUGGCAGAGGGGGUCGCCGCGCGUAACGGGCCCCGCGGCGCUGUAUCGCGUGCACGACGGUGUCAGCUGCGCGUUGUCGUCGUCGUCAUCAGCGGCGGCGCCGGGACGGGAGGAGCUCGUCGACGACGUGUUGAGCUGGACUCGGCCUGGGAGGUCCAAGCUGCGCGAGGUUGUCGUGGUUGGGUGA